ACAACCUUCAUCAGUUUCCUUGUAAAGCACGUUUGGGUGAUUCUCAAAACCCUAUAAAUACCCAAUCCCCCAUUUUCCCCAUUCCUUUCCUUCCCUCUUCUCGCCGCAUUCUCAACCCAUUUCACAGCUCACACCAUUUCUCCCCUCCUCUUGUUUCUCUCUCAACACCUCACAUUACCUUCCCUCUCUCUCUCUCUACGCUUGUUUGGUUGCAAUAAUUUCAUUCCCAAAACGCAUUUUCCCCUUUUGUCUUUUUCUGGGUUUUCUAUUUUUCGACAACCUAACUAAAAAAAAUUGCAUUUUUCCGUGACCCUUUUAUUGGAUUUAUUUUGGGGUUUUAAGAUUAAUCAUAUUUGAAAUUGCAUUGUGAAGAUUGAUUGAUGACCAAUCUCGUUUCUUUCUUCCCGUGGUUGGAGCUCGUUUUUUAGGAGCUCAACGGUUGAUGGACUGCUACCCCAAGAGUAGUGACAAGAAAACAUUGAAAAGGUGGUUUUUUAUCGAUAAACGAGUUGGGUGAAAGUAGAAGUUUGAUAAAUAUUAGUUUCUUCUUACAUUAUUCCUUCUACGUGUGAGUUGGCUGGCUUGCGAAACCUGGAUCCUAUGGACAUGAAUUCGAAUCAUACUCCUGUUCUCACGGAUACUGCUCCGAUAACAAAUUCUAGGCUACACGUGCAUUCCAGUUUGUUGCCUUAUUCCCAUACCGGUGCAACCUUUUCACAUGGUAUGCUAUUGAAUAUCCCAAGGAAGAAGACGGGAAUUCUCGAAGACGUUCUUUGUUGCAAUUGGUUGGAUGCCAUGAAAUCAUCUUCACCUCCACCGAAGAAUGUAACAAAGGAUGUUAAUCACGGGUUUGCAUCAUCUGAAACUGAUCCUUAUUUUAACUGGCUGCUAAAAUAUCCAUCUGCCCUUACAUCUUUUGAUCAAAUUACGAACUAUGCAAAAGGAAAAAGAAUUGCAUUGUUUUUGGACUAUGAUGGAACUCUUUCACCAAUUGUCGAUAACCCUGACUGUGCUUUCAUGUCGGAGAAUAUGCGCACUGCUGUUAAAAAGGUGGCUGAGUAUUUUCCAACUGCAAUAAUUAGUGGAAGAAGUCGCGACAAGGUGCAUGAAUUUGUAGGACUAACAGAACUCUAUUAUGCUGGUAGUCAUGGAAUGGACAUAAUUGGCCCUGUUAGACAAUCUCUAUCUGUAACACAUAACAAGCAGGGAAAAAAGGUUAAUUUAUUCCAGCCUGCUGCUGAGUUCCUUCCUAUGAUUAAUGAGGUACUGAAAUCUCUCAUUGAGUGUACGAAAGACAUCAAAGGAUCGACAAUUGAGAAUAAUAAAUUUUGUGUAUCUGUUCAUUACCGCAAUGUAGAUGAGAAGAAUUGGGAUUUGGUGGGGCGACGAGUUAAUGAUGUUCUAAAGGGCUUUCCACGUUUGCGGUUAACUCAUGGUCGCAAGGUUUUAGAGGUCCGGCCUGUGAUUAACUGGGAUAAGGGAAAAGCCGUCACGUUUUUACUUGAGUCACUUGGACUUAACAAUUGCGACGAUGUGCUUCCUAUAUAUAUCGGCGAUGAUCGAACUGAUGAAGAUGCAUUUAAGGUUUUGAGAGAGGGAGAUAAAGGUUACGGGAUUUUAGUGUCUUCUGCACCAAAGGAAAGCAAUGCAACUUACUCUCUUCGUGAUCCGUCCGAGGUCAUGGAAUUUCUGAAGUCACUUGUGGUUUGGAAGUCAAGCCCCUUAAAAAGCCAUAUAUAGUGUAUAGAAGAGAACAUACUCAGCUAUAACUAUAUAUAAUAUACAGUUAGUUUUUUGGAUUUGUUUUUUGUUUUUUGAAAACAUUCCAAGAAGUUUCCUGGAGCGUGUUUGCGCACAGAAAACCUCUUGUGGUAGCAACAUCGCUGUUGCUAUCUGUUAGUUUUGCUCAAAGCUCCAGUGGUAACUGUAAAUUCGAGGCUCAUAAUUAUCGUUGUAUAAAUCUUAAAGAAUUAAAGAAAAUGUGUCGAUUCUGUUUUUC